AUGGCUACCGUGCGCUCUUCCACUCUCUCCCCGCUAUUGCGGUCACAAUUCACAAAACCACUCACCGCAACAACAACGCCGACAUCAAUCCAAUCUCGAGCCUUCAACUUACCCUCCCUCUCCUCCUUCGCACCACAGCUCUCCACACCACCUCCGCGCUCCCUCUCCGCCACGCGAACCCUCUCAUUCCCACCUCUCCCGCUUUUCCGCAUCAUCUCCGCUGUUGAAUCAUACCGCGACUUCCUCCCUUUCCUUACCGCAUCCACCGUCACGGCUCGCGACCGCGCAACCGGCUAUCCUACCCAAGCCUACCUCACUGUCGGAUACGGCCCUCUAAGCGAAACUUUCCAUUCCAAAGUCGAGUGCGACGAGGCGAAGUGGACGGUGGGCGCGCGGAGCGGAGACAUCGCAUUCCAGCGCAAGGGAGAGGAGGGCAAGGACGGCGGCCUGUUUGAGUAUCUGGAUACGAUAUGGAAACUGGAGCCGCUGGAAGGGAGAGCUGUGGGCAUGGAGAUGACGAGGGUGGAUUUGGCGGUGAAUUUCCGGUUUAGGAAUGCGAUGCAUGCGGCGAUGAUGAGUGCGGUGGAGAAUCAGGUUGCUGGGAUGAUGAUAGAGGCGUUUGAGAAGAGGGUGAUGGAUGUGGAGCGGCGGAAGUGA